CAGCAGGGAUACGGUAACCUGCAGGAGGACUCACAUGGUCCUGCAGCAGAGGAGCACAGACCACCGGGACUCUCCAAACCUGUGUCACUCAGCUCGGCUUCAUUAAUAUUUUUAUAGACACUCCUCCGUCUUUAUUGUCCUUUGUGUCACAUCCCUGCUCCCGCAGCCCAGUGUCGGUCGGACUUGCGCCGGUAAAGCAGCGCCAUGGCUCGGGAGAACGGAGACACCGGCAGAGGAGCGACGUGGAAAAAACAAGUCGACGACAUCAAGAAGAUUUUUGAUUUUAAAGAAGUCCUCGGCACAGGGGCGUUUUCCGAGGUGGUCCUGGCCCAGGAGAAGCUGACAGGCCGGAUGUUUGCAGUAAAGUGCAUCCCGAAGAAAGCUCUAAAGGGGAAGGAGAGCAGCAUCGAGAACGAGAUCGCCGUGCUGAGGAAGAUCAAGCAUGAGAACAUUGUGGCACUGGAGGAUAUCUACGAGAGUCCUGACCACCUCUACCUGAUCAUGCAGCUGGUGUCCGGCGGCGAGUUAUUUGACCGAAUCGUGGAAAAAGGUUUCUACACAGAGAAGGAUGCGAGUACAUUGAUCCGACAAGUCCUGGAUGCUGUAAACUACCUGCACAAGAUGGGAAUUGUACACCGAGACCUCAAGCCAGAGAACUUGCUGUAUUUUAAUCCCCAAGAUGAGUCAAAGAUCAUGAUCAGCGACUUUGGUCUUUCCAAGAUGGAGGGCAGUGGUGACGUCAUGUCCACGGCCUGUGGAACGCCAGGAUAUGUGGCUCCAGAGGUUCUUGCCCAGAAGCCGUACAGUAAGGCCGUAGACUGCUGGUCCAUUGGAGUGAUCGCCUACAUCCUGCUGUGUGGUUACCCUCCGUUCUACGAUGAAAAUGACUCCAAGCUGUUUGAACAGAUCCUGAAAGCCGACUAUGAGUUUGACGCACCAUACUGGGACGACAUAUCAGACUCAGCCAAGGAUUUUAUUGGCAGUCUGAUGGAAAAAGAUCCAGCCAAGCGUUUCACCUGUGAUCAGGCACUCAGACACCCCUGGAUCGCAGGGGAUACAGCGCUCUGCAAGAACAUCCAUGAGUCAGUCAGUCGACAGAUCAGGAAGAACUUCGCCAAGAGCAAAUGGAGGCAAGCGUUUAAUGCCACCGCCGUGGUUCGGCACAUGAGGCGGCUGCAGCUUGGCAGCAGCAUGGGAAGCAGCAUGGACGCCUCCAACCCACCGACCAGGCCCAGCCAGACGCAGAGGCCGGCCCAGAGCCAGAGCCAGAGCCAGAGCCAGGCAGGCCAGAACCAGCCAGCUCAGAGCCAAAACACCGGCCAGGCGGCGCAGAGCCAGAGCACCAACACCACCGCCAGCAAAACCUCUUCCACAGACAACAACAUAGCAGCUCCCCGCAAGGAAUGUGUAACUGCACCGGUCACACCCUGCAGUCUGGCGUCUGCAGCCUCUUCUCCCGCCGCCGGGGCAGAGCUGAACCGACCACAUCCCUCAACAGUUCCCGCCCCGGUGCUCACAGAGACCAAGUGACGCCAGGUCCCGCGGGGGACCAGCUGGGAGGCCACAGCGCUGUGAGACAGAGCGACGGAAAGAGACGGAGGACGACAGGAGAGGAAGAGGAUCCCCCUCUUCUUCGUUCCUCCCUCUCCUCGCUGCAUUUCCACUUGGAUGCGCCCCCCCAGCAAGUUCCCUGCCCUGCUCCUGGGAGAGCAGAGGACUUUACCUCCACCCCCACCGAUUCAAGCCACACAGCGCCAUACUGUACGCCCACCACCCACCCACCAGGACGCCGUGUAGGAUUCCUCCUGCCACAGCAACAGCACGGCCUCUUACUGAGGAUGUUUGUACAGCCGGCUGUGAUCGGAUACUGUUAAAUGAUAAAUGGGAGUCGACUGCUUGAGCAGUAAUUGGUGGUUCACAGUGGGGCUUGGGGUGUCAUAUUAUUCAAUGUCAGUCAACAUCAACUUCCCUCUUGAAUCUGGUCUUUCCUGCACCAUUUUAUUUAGCUUUUUUCCAAAUUAGGUUUGACUGUUGACAACUGGAUUGUUUUAUUUUUUAUUACUGUUGAUGUUAAAGGUGCUAUAUGUAAGUUUUAACAUCAUUGUCACACUGCAACUUUGGUAUGAUUAAUGUAAAUAAACAAGACCACAGCCAAGACGUCUGGUCGCCUCCAGCAGAUUUCCCUCCAAAUGUGACCUACAGUAGUGACCAUAAAAUGCAGAGAAGAGGCUGACAGGUCUUCUGAGUGAUGACCUGAUUUGUUUACACUAAUUUUACUAAUGUGACAAUGAUUUAUCCUACUCAUAGCACCUUUAAGACAUUUUAUAUGUCCUUUCGGGCUUGUUUGUCUGUUUGUUUGUGCUUUAAGAAGUGCUUUAAAAGUACCAUAUGACUGUUGAGAUGUGGAAACAUGAGUAAGCGCUUUAUGUAUUUUGCACACAGAGGUUCAGAUAUGUUCUCAGACACAGAUUAGCCACCAUCCACUUAUGUUUAUCAGAGAGUAGAGAUUGUAAACCUUUAUAGAAAAAAAAUAAUAACCCAGAGUGGAUGUCAGAGCAUUGUACAACUUGUUUAUUGUCUGAAAGAUUCUGAUCCGUUUAUUAUUUUCUUACUUUAUAAGACUUUUAUAACAAUCACCCUUUAAGGGACACACAUACAGGUUACUAUGAAAAAUGCAGCAGGUUUAGGAUUAGGAUAGGAUAGAGGUAUUUACUGGAAAACUGCCUCCAGUUGAGAAUGUUAAAGACUACACAAUAGUUUUAGCGUUUGAUUUCCUAAGCCGAGGAGCCACAUGCAGCGCAGUGCAGUUUGAAGGUGGCUAAAGAACACAAACCAUCUCUGAGAUAUUUAACUGAUAGAGACGCUGUCGCCUGCUGCUGCUGCUGUUCCUCCCCCCCAUAAAGAAGCCAUGAUCUCACCUUUUCACAUCGUCAAGCUGCACCCAGUUCAGAAGUGCUCAGGGAAAACUGCGGCUGCACUGUGAGCUGGUGAAUACCGAUUUCCUGGUUUAGGUUUUUCUGUCAAUGUUGUUGGUCCAGGUGUUGUGGCAUCACAGUUAAUGAUCCAGCUCAUAAGACGUUAGCUGUGUCCUUAUUGCAGUGUUGUAGUGACUCGUGACUUGAAUUUUGAAGACUCAGACUUGGACUCAGACUGUUCCACCAAGGACUCCAAGAUGUUUUUAACUUGUUCCAGUAUUUUUGUUAUAGUACAAUCCCCAACCAAGGCUUUUUGCUUGACUAAAUUGGACAGAACUGCCAAAAAAAAAAUAGAGGAUAGGUUAGUUCUUGCUGUAUCCGGUCAUCCCUGCCUUUAUGAACCAACAGCAGACAGCUAUUGCGACCAAAAUCCCUAGGUUGGUUAGCGUAGCUUGGUUCUUGCAUUUGGUGAAAUGGUCCAACAAUGGCAGAUUUAAAGUAUUCAUCUGAUUAGGGGCGGUGAAGCCAAAGUAUUUCAUGUUCAACAAGUCACCUGACGUCCACAACCUACUUCCAGUUGCACUCUGGGCAGUGGUGGAUGAAGUACCGGAAAGCCACACUUAAGUAAAAGUAAAGAUAUCUUACCAGAAAAUGACUCUGAUAGAAGUUAAAGUCACCUAUUAGAAUAUUACGUAAGUAAAAAUCUUAAAGUAUCUGAUAUUAACUGUACUUUAGUAUCAAAACUAACUUUAUUAUAGUAAGUGUACUUAAGUAUUGAAAGUAAAAGUACAAGGAAAUGCCAAUGUUUAUUCCUUCUUAACAUGUACCCCACCUUAAGUAUGGAGCCUACAUUACACUUGAAGAAAAAAGGUCAUUUUAACAACCUCCCUUCCUUCCCUUUUUUUGUAGUAAGUAACAAUGAUGCUCAAGGGAGAUGUACUGGAGCAUAAGUAUACAUUUAAUGUAGGAAAUGUAGCUGAGUAAAAGUGAAAGUUGACAAAAAUAUGACGAUUCAAGUCAAGCACAGAUGCUCCCAUAAAAUACCUAAGUACUGUAAUGAUGUAUUAUUACUUUGUAACAUUACACUACUGUCUGAGGGUCAGGCUUAACACAAGGUUUUGAAAAGUCCAAUGUCUCCUUGAUCCGAUGCCCAGCGAAACCAACAGCCACAAGGGAUCCCUACUCCUUUAAAGGUAUACUAUGCAGGAAUUGUCAAUUACUGUUUGUAAUCACACAUUUAAAGCUGGCCCCUCCUCCUUAGACAGAUUAUACAUACACUGCAAACUACCAAUAUAGCAACGUUGCAUUUGUUGUGAUAGAAAAGCCGAUACGUUAGCAUGCUAACUAAGCUAACCGCCGGCACUUGCCUGUCCAACAACCGGCGAAAGUGAAAGCCAACCUCAGAAUCACCCUUGUGUUGGAACAAGCUUUGUCUGCUUGACGUUUGGCCUCGCUAUGUUUGCAUUUUUUCGUAGAUUCCUCUCGGAUGCGUGCUGCUUACAGAGUGGCACUUUGUCGCUACCUUUUUAUAAAGUCCCAACCUCAUCUGCACACUGUACCCAGAGACAUCCCGAACACAGCAAAAUUUAAAGGAAAUUAAAAAAUACAGGCUGAGGGCAGAGUCUUCUCAUGGGUCAUAGGUGAUAGUUGAAAGGGAGUACUUGUAUAUGAGUCUAUACAUUUUUUUUUUUUAAUUUUAUUUUUAGGAAAAUCCUGCAUAGUAUUCUUUUAAUGUCUCAUUCGCCAUCCAUUAGAAUGAUCAACUUUUUGUAUGUAUUAAUCCAACACUGCGUGAACUCAUGCAUGCAGUGUUAGACAUUGUUUUUUUCUUUAAAUGCUUCUCAAAAGUUGUACCUGAUUACCCUGUGGGUUAACAGUACAGGCCAACUCAAAACAUCAGAGACCUCACUGCCUGAGUGGGAGUCCAUUUUUAAGUACUCUACAUUUGACAAGACAGACUGACUUUAAUUUGUUGUUGACUGAACCCUCUGACGACUCUGACAUGACUACAGAAGCUUGGCUUGUGUCACUGGUUGUAAUUGUCCUUUUAGACAGAACUCAGACAGCAGAACUGUACGACGUUGGGUGCUCACUCACACAUAUCAGAUUGUCACGUCUUUGUUAGAUGCAAUUCUACUGAUCCCUUUAUUGUGAAUUAGCCAAAGACUAGUGCUAGGUACGAGGACAAUUUGGUUCAUUCUACUUGAUGAAUUAGUGAGAACAGAACUAGUCAGAUAUGAAGCUGUUCGAGAAACAAGUGGACUAAAACUAAGGGCUGAGAAACUGAUUGACCUUUGAUCCCUUCCUGAUCUGUUGCCAUUUACCUUUUUUUAUUAUCUGCACAGAGUGCUGCUGAGAAGUAUCUGCAAAAUAUUCAUAGUGCUCAUUUUAAUCUGUGUGGUAUGUCAGGAGAGUGUGAGACCACAGCUGGAUGAAAGUCAAAUCACGCUAAAAACGACAGUAAAUCAACACUCACCCAAGCUCACUGGAAUUCAGUCUUGGCUCGCUGCGUUGUUGUGUGUAUUAAAUUCCACCUAAUUGGCACUGAGGUUGACUAAAACAAACCAUGAUGAUUUGUGAGCACUAUCCAGUCUAAAUCGGUCUCCCUCCUCACCAUGUUCUCUGUUGGUGGACGGCAGCACCUUCUUCAUUUAGUAAGCUCUGCAAAAUAAUUCCAGUGUGUUUGGAGUUUCUGCUCUUCCCCACUGUUUCCUAACCAACAAUGUGUUAGUCCCCAUCUCUAUACUUCCGGCACAUCUUAACAAGGAGAAAUACAGUACCCACCUACUCUCCCUGAAUGUGUACAUCAAUAUGAAACAUGUAAAUCUACAACUUUAGGUUAGCAGUCUGGUUGUAAACAGUCAUUCACAGUGAUGGAUUACACUGACUGCAAGAGAUGGCUCACAGUGUAAUGCCUUAUUUCCUCUGCAUGGAUCAGCACCACUUAAGUCACUUUUGGCACCAGUCACUUUUCUCUGUUUCUUUUUCCACUGCGGAUUGUUCCCCCUACGUGCUGGCUGGAUUCUCAGCUGAUUACGAUAGUGAUGCAGUGUGAAACUGCCGUGACAUCAUCUUAAACUCAACACUUGCUGAAUCCUUUAAUCUGCAACCAAACAGAGGAAUGUUUUCUCUGAUAUCAGACAGAAUUGUUACCUCGUUACUCUUUAUUUCCAUCUGCAGUCUGACAUUGCAUCCACUAUAAUCUAUUUCUGUAGGGAAGGGGAUUCGUUUUCCCCUAACCAGUCACUAGAGACCAAAGCAUCCGCCUGAAUCCCUGAAUCUGACGGCAGUUUAAGUCCACGCUGAUAGACAGACAUGCCAAAAUACUGGUUUUGCUGGGAUCUUAAGAGUGGAGCUGAGCGAAGUAAAAAUAAACUACAGUGUUGGGCAAUAUUUGGAAGACAUUUUGAUUUAGAACAGCUUUGAUAGUAGUGUCUUUCUUGUCCAUAGCACUCACCAUUAUUAUUACUCCUCACUGGUUGAGGUGCACCACUUGAAAAAAGCUUGUCAGUGGCGUCAGUCCCACUUGUGGCACUCACUGGGUCAAAAGAUUGUCAACCAAGAAACAGCUGUUUCAUGUCAGUGCCAGAAGAACCUAUCAGUUUGGCGAGAGGGUGGAUUUGGACAUAGACAAAGGAACAUCUGAACUUUGUCAAUUGUUCUACGGUGUAGUUUUGUGGGCUGUCAUUUUUUAAAGUUUGGGUUAGGUAAAAAUUGCGGUUGCUAAUUAUGUUAGCAUGGCUAUUUAAAAUGUCGUGUUUGUGCAGGCUUAGGAUCGCUAAUUUUGAUUUUUAUGGGUGAACUGUGAACAGAACGCAUCAGUUUUCAACUUAUGAACUUGAACCUGAGGGUUGUUCACUCUUGCAACAGUUAUUAACGCUCGUUUUUGUAGCACCCAAGGAUUUACAGCACCCGACAUGCCGAUACAACACCGGCAUAGCUAGUGCUAAUAAAAAUUCAGACAACGCAGUAACCAGUACUGCUGAAGCCAGUUCAUGUGGAUAUUUGAAUUACUUUUAUGAGUCAAAUCAUUAAGUUACAAAUUCCAGUGGAGAAAAUCUCGUAGUUAUUUGCAAAUUGUGCCCACAGGGUCUGACAAAACAAGUCUGAACCCCAGCUACAUCGGCAACGAAUUUGAACACAUCAAGUUAAAGCAUCUGCAGUCUUGGGAAGUGCGUGAAUGAUGAUCAAAGGAUAGAACAGAGAUGAUAAAACAAUGAAAGAAUUUAGUUCAAAAUUUAAAUUGUGAAGUAUGAACGUGAAAUAGCUCAUUUUAAUCUGUGUGAAAUGAGCUUCAAGCUAGCUCUUGUGAAGCGUGAGCGUGCACAACACUGAUUGUAUUGACAGUUCUCUCUGACCAGUGGUCUCCAGUGUUUUAACUCCACCUUCUGGUAUUGGCUCAGUUCAGUUGUAACCUCGACUGAGGUGGUAUCAAAAAAAUGUACCAGGUACUAUCCACAACUUUUGCUAAUGGAAAACCAAUGAAGAGCGAGUCGAGUUGAGUAGAGCCGUGCCGUACCAUGCAGUGGAAAUGUGGCACAAUUCAUGCUGUUUAAGGAGCAAGUGAGCCUGAGAAGUUUUAGCAUACAUCCACCUUAAGGAAUAGGACAUUUUUGUCAGAAACUUAUUCCUGUGUGUGCUCCAAACACACACCAAGCACUAUAGCAUAAAUUGUGAAACUUGCAGAUGUGGUAACCUCACUGACAUGCUUGAUGCUUAAAGACAAAUCAUUACAGGUAUUUUGUGCACGUUGUUCUAGCAACUAAUCCAGUCAUGAAAGAGUUUUAGUUUAAUAAUCUUGGUCGGGUUACGUUUUUGAGAAAAAAGGCCAGUUAGCCUGAUUUAUUGUGCUACUUUAAAUGUGCAGUCAUAGAGAAAUUUUUAGUGUUUCAUAUUGAUUUACAACACCUACAUGCCAUGGCUCCUACUGCACGACUACACCGUUCACUUUUCAGAAUAUAUAUAUAUUAAUUCUGACGUUUUUACAGUGGGGUCUUGUGUUACAUUUUUCUCCACCAAGCAAACUCAGAAGUCGGUCCAUGUAAUUAUCCAUGUGUUACUGCGGGGAACUUUCAACCAUGUAAGGGCUUUAUUCCAAUGAUCACCUUAAUCUGAUUAUUCAUUGUAACCAUGUAUACAUACCCAUUGAUUGCUAUGCAUUUUUUAACAUUUUUAAGUGUGUCGUCAAAGCUUUUUCUUGGAAGUGGGAUCCAGAAACAACAUCAGCACCUAUAGUUAAAAAAAUAAAUGUAGUUUUAGGGAACAAAUAAGUGCAAGACACUGAAUCCCUGACAGAUCUUAGACUUUUUCAAUCACUGAACUGUUAAUUAUAAUUAUUACGUCGGUGUACCAGGUUUUUCUCUGGCACAGAAGGUGUUAAUGAAUCGUCAGCCAACACUGUAAGAAUAUGUUUCAUUAAAUGUGAUGUCGUCCACUUCAGUGUGGACGUUUGGGUUUACGAAUGUAUUGCGAGGCAGGUCGAGGGUUCAGGUUCAUGCUGCUCUGUGGUUUUAUGUCCGCUGUUUAAAAACAACAACAAAAAAAGACGUUUUCUGAAUGAAUCUUUCCAUGUUAAAGAUGCUACUGUAAAUAGAUUGUGAAUAUGAAUGAUCAUUUUCAAGAUAAUAUUUACAAAUGUUUUGCUGUUCAGGCAUGUGAGAGUGAAUGAAUGAGUGAGUGAGUGAGUGUGUCGAGGGAAGUUGAUUGUAUUCUCUAUGGAAUGUUUAAUGUAAAAAAAAAAAAAGAAGAAGAAGCUAAAAUCCCCUUUAUUCCCCACUGCUGUCAUAUAUACUGUCCAGCGCCGUGUGACUGUCACCUGCAGAGCCACACAGUGCAGUUUAAUGCCAUCAGUGUUCCUCCACCACUUCAGUGUCAGUCCAACUAGAAGUGAAAGCAUCGUUUACCGAACUCAGGCUUACGUUUUUUGCCAUUCUAAAGGAAGAAAUCCAAAGCUGUGACCGACUCAGAAACACACUGUUAUGGACGAGCUCUCGUCCGCCCCUCUCCCCUUUGAGCUCGCACUCCUUUUUUUAUUGAGGACGCCGUCACAAAAGAUGAAAACACAAGCAUGUCGAAAAAAGUGCUUCAAGAAUUCAACUUCACCAUGAGUGUUUGCAUAAUCUUAUAGCCCUUGUAUGAUGUUAGUAUCUCUGUAUUAUGUAAAGACGUACACAGGCUGUGACGUCUGAGUCCACAAAGAGCUAAGUUUCACUUCUACAAACAGUUUCAAUCGGCAGAAAUAAUCUCAUUGAUUAAUGGAACCUAGCCAAGUGGCAUUUAUUAAAAAAACUGGAGACCAUGUUCUAAUGUAAGUUGCUCUAAUGCUGCUUAUGAGUGACAUCCAGCCGAUUCACUGCGUACAUGAAUGACAUGGUGUGAAAAUAAUUGAUAAUAAUUAAGGACUAAAGUGUAAAGGAUUGUUGUUUUUUUCCUUCCUGACCUUGACAUUUAUUACAUUCAUUUACCUAGUUAGCAGUAGCCCAGCCUUUUCUCCUAGGAAUUACAUUUAUAAACAAAUUUUUGAAACAGCAAUUUGUUUGAGGGAAACUUAAUGCAGAGCAAACCAGGAACCCUCUUGCUGUGAGGCGACAGUGCUAACCACUGCAAAUCAAUUUCAAACCAAAGACCAAUUUCUUGAUGUAAAACAAAAUAUAAAGUAUGUUAACUUAAGUCAGGACCAACCAGUUUCAACCAAUAAUAUCAUGACAUCCGCUCAUCAAUUGAUUUGCAACUUUAAGCUGCACAGAGCUAAGAUUCAGUAGUUAGCUAGCUAGCAACAGCAUGGUACGCUGGUGUGUCUUUGUUUCCCCAAAAUACUGUGGUCAUCACGGGCUCUCUGGUUAGAAUUUUUUCCACAUGGAGGAAAGUGGUGUCUGUGACAGCUCCAGAAUAUGCACAAGGCAUUUUACAGUGGACUGCUGCAGAAACAGGAGCCUAUGGUGGCCUUCAUCUCUCUCUCUCACUGACGGGCGCCACUAUCCCAUCACUGGAUAUACUCCAGUUACACUGUCGGGACCUCGCUGUUUUGACACCCAGUUUUAAAUGAUCAAAUCAAAUUCUUCCCAAUGCUAUAUCCCACCUGCCUGUCCUGUGUCACUUGGAAAUUCAUUAUGAAACCCACAAUACUGACGCUAGAUACUCAAGAAAAGCUGUUUGAUCCGGACUUAAACCCAAGUGCUUUUGUUGACCUGGUCGCAAACCAAGUAUUACAGUGUCACAAUCCUGCACUUUGUGUGGCCGUCAUUCAUCUCGACCGCCUCGCUGUGACACACGCAUGGUACAUAAAUGUAAUGUUUUAUUAACUCAAAGAAACUUUGUCUCUGAACAUAACCCAGACAGCAAUUAUGUUGUCACCAGAGCAUACAUACGAAAACAUAGUAACAUACAAAGGUAAUUUUUUGGAGACAUGGUUGCAAUAGCCUUGUAUGGCUAAUUGAAGCUAACAAGGCUAGGCUAGGUAGCUAAGUAUGCUAUCUGUUUUAUCCCAUGAAGGCAAAGCCCAGUCCUGUUGCUAACUUCCAAGGAAGUAAAGCACACGUCUUCUGCCUAGGCAAAUGUUACACAGUUAGCGGUGGAUGUAGUCUACUGCUUAAUUUUACACAAGAAUUUGUUUGCUAUAUCGGCUGAAUUUCUGUCAGUUGUUGCCAAAUGCUUUAGGAGUCACAAUGUUAGCAUUGUCUUUCAUGGACCAAAAAAGUUUCUAGGUUUGUUAGCAUUAGUAAAUAUAGUGCAGAGCUACCAUGCUAGUAGCUGUGCUUCAGUGUAGCUAAUAUUAAAAACAGUCCUUUACCUCGUGAUCUAACUCAACUAAUGAGAGCAGCUCUGCCUCUGAGAAUUGUUUGUAAAACUGAAACUUUAUACAAGCUACUUUUUGGGACCCUGAGUCUCCCUGUGGGUGUCCUCGUCCAGAGCCUGCUGAGUUUAGCCGGCUGUAUUGUAUUUACUCUCUGCAUGUGACCACAACAAACUCCCAUCCUGUGCACCGCCGUCACGCCGACGACACCCUCAUUUCUCAGAGUGGGCACCGCCUGCCGCACUUCUUGUGCUGUGAUGAUGAUGAUGAUGACUUUCUGUUAAUGGGGCUUGUAUAUCAGAUGCCUUCGACAAUCAUGUGCACAUAUCAGAGUUACCAUGACGACACAGGCCAGAGCGACUGAUUGUGUUUCGUUUGUCUUUCUCCUGGAAUAAAUCCUGAAUGA